UCACACAGCAGUUGCUUGUCGAGUCAUCGCAGUUGAGCAGCUCAGAACCCAACGAGACUCCAACCCGGAGCCGUAAAACCUAAAACUCAACAAGCCUCUCAGGGGAUUUUACUCACUUAACAUGGCACUCAAUGGACAAGUUGUGGAUACAUCCUUAAAAUAGUGUAAACAUUUUGAUUGACACCAGACCGAGAGAAAGCACCAGACCCUCCGCGACAUUAGCGGGCGAACUUGGGUUCUCAGCCCGGUGGGAGGUGUCUGUCUGGCGGCUUGCUGCUGCCUGCUCGUCCCGCUAAUCGCGCCGCUUCUCGGAGCUCUUUUUUUCCUCAUCUGUCGACAAGGACAUUCGAAGUGAUGGCGAAGCCGUGUUGUUGUCGGCUUUGUACCCAUCCGUCUCUCUGGGGUUUUCGUCAGGCGUCUAUGGGUUUAAUGUGACGCACCGUCGUGACACGCCGUGUGCGCGUUUUUUUGCAGCGGACCCCCCAGCAGGAGAAGGGGAAGGGAGACCCUCCAUCAAGUUUGUGGCUCGCAAAUCUCCCGCAAGAACAAAUGUAACAGAUAGGACAAACAGCUGUGUGGCAUCUUCGUCAUCACUCGGCAUCACCUAUUGUCUCACGCACGACCGAGGCCAAUCUGCACCUGGACUGCAGGCUGGAACAUGGCUGUGACUUCCCCAAGACCUGCAGGGCAUCCGUCUGCCUCCGCAAGCAGUCGCCAAAGGCUCCGUUCUAUGCGUUGAACCGGGGUGGGAGGGUUUCAUCGUACAGUUAAUUGCAGCGGUUUAUAAAGUAGUUACAGGAGUUGUUUAAUUUCCUCCAAGUGUGUGAGGUUGAAUUUUUUCGGGAUAAGCUCAGGGCAAUGCCGAGAUGACAACUUGACAACACUUAAGUCUUUGUUUUUUUAUAAGUGGUUGCAUAUCUAUUUGUAGAUCACACAAAGUCGUUUUUUUUUAGGGGGGGGGGGGGUAAAGUGCUCUGGCGAUCUCAUGCAGUGGCACCAUCUGUCAGGAUCUGUGUCUCAUUCCUGUGGCUUUCUGCGCCAGAAUUUCACAGACAAGCUGGCCGAAGCAGCAUCCAUCUUCUCCCUCUGCUGUGUUUACUUACCGCUGUUGCAGCCAGGGACAACGUGGUCGUCCGAUUGAUCAAUGAAAAGGAAUACGUCGCAGCAGACGGACAACAAAGCUCCAGAAAGUCACGUGAUGUUUAUUGUGACAAAGACAGACUCGGACAAACGCUUGGCCAGGUUACACCAGGCUGGACCUUUCUAAUCAGCAACAACAUCCAGAAGCCUACCAAGGUCAAGUCCCCUGGACCUCAAAGUGGAUUCCCAACAUUUUUGUCUCUUAUCAGGCUUCAGGAGGCCAUGAGAACAUAAUUGGCUUGUCCAUGUCGUGGUGGAUCCUCCCUGGAUGUUGGCAGCAGGAUGGAUUUGGGUGUUGAUCUCACUAGCGUCACCUCCUUGCAGUGCUUGCACCCCCCUUCCUUUGGCUGCCUGUUGACAUCCCCCUCCCUGAUCUUCCUGGGAAAGCCCCCCAUCAUCUCCUGGGGCUUCCCUGAGCCCUCAAGAGGGACAUAGCAGAAGUGUAGCCUGUCUUGUUGAACCAGUUCACAACACAGAAUGUUAUUUGGAGGAUGCUUUAUUGCUGUUCCUGCUUAGGGUGACUUUUUGAUUGGAGGUUGAAGAGCUGAAAGCAGAACAGAGUUCCUCCUCAGUGGUGUCCAACCGAAGGGAAGAAUGUCAGAAGGCAAAAGCGACAGCAAAGCGGUGACGUUCAUUGCCCCGGCCCCACCAUCGCCGUCACUUCAGAACCCCCGCAAGAAUGUGAACGGCUCCGCCAGUUCGGACACGCACGUGGUCGAGAAACUGGAGGGGCACCUGGAGGCCCACCCGGAAGUCCAACGGCGGCGGCGGCACACGAUGGACCGAGACUCCAAGACAGCCGAACAUCGGUUCUUCCGCCGGAGUGUGAUAUGCGAUUCCAAUGCCACCGCCUUGGAUCUGCCCAGCAAGGGGGCUGUGAUUCUCAUGUCGCCGCUGGACUGUGGGGCGCCGUCAAACGUAUUAGCUCUUCAGCCUUCGAGGUCUGGACCCACCGAGAGAGAUGCCGGGGUGGUGCUCCAGGAGCUGUCUAUAGAAAGCGCCACUCCUCAGCCUGCUUCGGGGCUUGGGGGAGAAUCUGGAGAGGGGCCAAUCCAAAAUGCGGGCCGGGGCAGCGCGGCAGAUGUAAGUCAUAGUAGUAGCGCUGUUGUACAUCGUGCAGAACGGGUAAAAGAGCCCGGCUCGACAGCGUUGGAUGUCGACAACAAAACGGGAGACAAACAGGACGAGGCGCCGCGGGAGGUUGCAAAAGACGGAAAAUCGCCAGAGGGCAGCGCCAGCAGUCCUUCCGAGGACAAGGAACGGGAAACAGAGCUGGCCAAGGCGCGCGCCGAGCAGCGGGAGGCCGAGAAGCGAGUGCAGGAGGAUAUCGAGGAGGCGGAGACCAAAGCGGUCGGGACGUCGCCGGACGGACGCUUCCUGAAGUUCGACAUCGAGAUCGGGAGAGGCUCCUUCAAGACGGUCUACAAGGGGCUCGAUACGGAGACUACGGUGGAAGUGGCGUGGUGCGAGCUGCAGGACCGGAAGCUGUCCAAAUCCGAGCGACAACGCUUCAAGGAGGAGGCCGGGAUGUUGAAGGGCCUCCAGCAUCCCAACAUCGUUCGCUUCUACGACUCUUGGGAGGGGCCGUGCAAGGGGAAAAAGUGCAUCGUGCUGGUUACCGAGCUCAUGACUUCGGGCACGCUCAAGACUUACCUAAAGCGUUUCAAGGUGAUGAAGAUCAAGGUGCUCCGUUCGUGGUGCCGGCAGAUCCUCAAGGGCCUGCACUUCCUGCACACCAGAGCUCCGCCCAUCAUUCACCGCGACCUCAAGUGCGACAACAUCUUCAUCACCGGGCCCACCGGCUCGGUCAAGAUCGGUGACCUGGGAUUAGCCACGCUGAAAAGGGCCUCAUUCGCCAAAAGCGUCAUAGGUACGCCAGAGUUUAUGGCGCCGGAGAUGUACGAGGAGAAGUACGAUGAAUCUGUCGACGUCUACGCUUUUGGGAUGUGCAUGCUGGAGAUGGCCACCUCCGAGUACCCCUAUUCGGAAUGCCAGAAUGCCGCCCAGAUCUACAGACGAGUAACCAGCGGAGUGAAGCCCGGCAGUUUUGAUAAGGUGGCCAUUCCUGAAGUGAAGGAAAUCAUCGAGGGUUGCAUCAGAACAAACAAAGAUGAGAGAUAUGCUAUCAAGAUCCUGUUGAACCACGCGUUCUUCCAAGAGGACACCGGGGUCAGGGUUGAGCUGGCAGAGGAGGAUGACGGGGUAAUGAUCGCCAUCAAACUGUGGCUUCGGAUAGAAGACGUCAAGAAGCUCAAAGGAAAAUACAAAGACAACGAAGCCAUCGAGUUCUCAUUUGACCUCAACAAGGAUGUUCCCGAAGAUGUGGCCCAGGAAAUGGUUGAGUCUGGCUACGUGGCCGAGGGCGACCACAAGACCAUGGCCAAAGCCAUCAAGGAUCGCGUAUCACUGAUCCUCAGGAAGCGAGAGCAGAGGCAGCUCGUGCGAGAAGAGCAGGCCAAGCGGAAACUUGAGGUGGAGCAACAGCAAGAGGCACUGAAAGCGUCGCAUACGCAGGUGGAGCUUGAGGAGACAGAGGCGGAGCAAGCGCACCCUUAUCAGCAGCCGGGCAUCUCGCACACAAACGAAGGUGGCGCCGACAGCAGUCAGGGUUCUUCGCUUUUCUCCAGCGACUGCCCCCAACUGGGUCAGCUAACCAUGUCCUAUAGCUGCCCGCCAGCCAGCCAGCCUCAGUCCCAGAGUCAAUACCCCUCCGCGCCUGGCAGUGGCGCCAACACGCAGCAGCAGCACCCGGCCUACGCCCAGCCGCCGCAGCCAGUGCCGGCGUCCCGCCGCCGUCGAUGCCGUAGCAUGUCCGUUUGCGUUCCCCCCUCUUCAUACUCCCUCACCCCCGCACCUCUGGUGGCGCGCCCCAAGCGGCCCUCCACACCUCCUCCAGCGCUGUCGUCCUCGCUCGCCGCCACCUCCCCUCGCUCGGCCGAAAGGGACACGUUCGCCGGGCGCCUCUCCAAGGCCCUGGAGACGGUGCUUCCUCUUCACUCCGCCCCCUCGCUACCCAGGGCAAGGCAACGACGGGCCAGCCUGCCCGCCCUCUUCUCCAGCCCUCAGCAUUCAAUGGCGCACCCCUACAGUGGAGGAGCGAGCGCAGGAGGCGGAGGAACAGGGGGGAGCGCCACUCUCCCAUCACUGUCAGACCCCCCGACUUUUUUCUUCUCUUCCAUCCCCGAGCGCCCCAUUUCCUUCUCGCCUCCUCCCACAGGCCCCCCCAAGGCCUAUAACACGCAGCGGCGCAAGAGCACCUCUAUACUCGAGGCUCACACCCGUCACUUUCAACCGGCGUACCCCCGAUACGGGAGCAGCCUGCACCCCUUCGCCGGCAUGGAGGGCGUGGACACGCCCUCUUUCUUCAUGCUCAAUCCCGGAUUCGCGACGGCCGCUCAGAGACUCGGAGUCGGGGAGCAUCUGCAUCCGGCCGGACGCUCGGAGCCGGCGUUCUACGGAUACAAGGACAUGAGGGCGCAACAGGAGGAAGUGGUGAGGAGACUGAGUUUAAACCAAGCGGCCUUACUGGACCAUUACGAAGCCAUGGCGUACGGCGGCUACCCGAUGAGCGCGCACCAGCUCGGGCUUUUGAAUUUCCAUCAGCAGAGGCAAGCGGCUGCCGCAGCCGCCACUCUGGGCUACGAGUCGGGUCCUCAACCGGGCUUCUUGCACUCUCACAUCAUGCAAAGACUGAGCGCGCACAGUCCAAUCCCACCGCCGGUACCUUCCAUGAGUCAAGCCGCCGGCGGCCCCGUUUCUUGUCCAUCCUCCGACGCGCAGCACCACGCGUCACCUUCCACUUACGCGAUGUCAACGCCGCCGGUCAUGGCCGAUGCGGCGCCGUCGCCGGGGAGUGUCUUUGACUAUCAUUUAGCCGCCGCGGCCGCCAGUGACCCGAGCCUCCUAGCCUCCAGAUUCUACCGAGCCCGCAGGAGCUCCAUGGAUCUCCCGCUGGAGGAGAACACCCCAACGGGGUCGAGCGGCUCGGGCUCGUACCUUCGACUCCAGCCGGUCACGGAGGAGAUGUGUUCAUACGUUAGUCCUGAGUUGCCUUUACCGCCGGGAAGUCUCCUCCUCCAUCACGCAGGCUUUAGCGCGAAAGACCGAAGCCCAGAACCCUCCAGCGACUCUCUCCCAUCCUCCGAUGCCGGAGAGUUCCAGUCGCCUCCUCCCUCCUCUCGCCAUUUCGACCCCUCGGCCGCUCGGUCCAUCCCGCAGUCGUCCUCGGCUGUCUUCUGCGAUUUGACCGAAAGCUGGGCUCAUCCGCCCUCCAUGCAGAAUUUUCUCCCACCCAGCCCCGCCGCUGAGCCAGGUGUAUCGGCGCCCCAACAAGAGUCACUCAUUCCGAGUGCGUGGGCCCGCCACGGAGGGGUGGUUCCCUCCCAGGCCAACAUGACGUACCAUGAGUCAUUGCUGGCCAUGCAGGCCAAUAACGCCGCACUGGUCUCAACGGCCCAGCCCGCCCCCGGUUCCCCACUGUUAGGCCCAGUGGCCCCCCAACCGGCCCCUCAAGGGACCCCCCAGCAGGGGGGCGCGUCCAUCCAGUCGGUGGCGUCAUCAUCUCAGAGCCCCACCCAUAUUUCCUCGCCGCAGGCCUCAACACAGCCCGGCCCGAGCGCCCCCACCUGUCCCGCACCCGCGGCGAGCCGUGCUCCUUCUCCUUCGCCGUCCCCUCCCGUCACCGUGCCGACAGCGGCCGUGGCCUCCCCUCCUUGCCCUCUGCUGCUUCCUGUUCCCCCUCUCCUCGCGCACGUGUCCCCGCCGUUGGCCACCAUGGUGCCAAUCAUCAGUGUAGUCCCCGCCCCGCCCGAUACUGCUACAGAAGCCCUUCCCCAGUCUGUGUCUCAACCAUCGGACCUGUCCCACUUCCAACUACAGACACCCCUCGCCCAGGCCUCCAUAGAAAGUGGCUACUCCGAGGCUUCAGGCCUCAGCGAUGGCAAUGAAGGAGGAGGGGGAGGCCGUCACGAGGGCCGCUCCGCCAAGCGGCACCAGAGACGUUCCGUGCGCAGUCGGUCGCGGCACGAAAAGUUCUCCAAAGCCAAACUCAACGUCCUCAAUAUAUCCAACCGCGGAGAUCGAGUCGCCGAGUGCCAGCUGGAGACUCACAAUAGGAAAAUGGUCACCUUCAGGUUUGACCUGGAUGGAGACAACCCGGAGGAGAUAGCGCAGAUCAUGGUCCAGAGCGAGUUCAUCCUGGAGAGCGAGAGGGACUCAUUCAUCGAGCAGGUCCGGGAGGUGAUCGAGAACGCCGACGAAAAAGGCCUGGAGAGGGACUCGAGCGGCCAGAUGACCGGUAACAUGACAGAGCAGAAUCUGACGAUAUCAGUCCCCAUGCCAGACACCGCCCCGAGCGCGACGGGACAAGUGGUCCAUUCGGCGGGCCGCAAAUUCAUAGUCAGCCCCGUACCCGAGGACAGGCUCAAGGAACUGAGCUUUCCUGCCUCUCCCGUAGCUUCCCCUGCAUCUUCUGUCGAAACCGUUCCGACUCAAGGUUUGGGGUUGUCAAAAUCGGCGGGAGCUCUCAGCUUACAGCUGGCCUUCUCGGAGCUGCGACAGAACAAAAACCAGUUGGAUCCGGGACCAAGCACCGCCCCAGCCUGCAUGCGCUCCACCCAUCCCCCGUCGUCCUCCGCCCCAUCACAGGCGUCCGCUCCUGCGGUCGAAGCUUCAGCCAGUGGUGCCGCUCCUUCCAGGUCAAACCAGGAUGCGUCUCCCACUUGUUCCGCCUCCGCUUCUUCCGCUGUGGCGAAUCACUCGCAGGCCCACGCGUCCAUUUCCACUUCCGUCCCGUCCGUCUUACCCCUCGCCAGUGUCUCCAACGUCCUCCCGACGAUGGUCGCGUCCCCUCCCGCCUCCCUGGUGACCUCACCCUCCUCCACCCUCCCGGCCAGCGAAGCCCCGCUCGACCAUCGCUCGCUCUCCCCCACGUCAUCGACUUCAUCCACCUCUUCCUCCGUCGUCCCCACAACCGCCGGCGCCGCUCCCCCAUCUUCCUCCAAUGUUUCUUCAGUCCAGCCCACCCUGGUACACUCCCAGCCGCAGAUCGCCGCACUGGCCGGACAGACACACGCUCACUGCGGGGAAUGUGACUCGAGGUGCGAUGCCUCCGCGGAGUGCCAAAGCAAGCCAGAUGACAUCCAAGCUCUUGAGAAGAAACUGCGCUCGCUCUUCAUGGACCUCGGGGGAGGGAUGGUCUCCCCCCAGGGGGACCCGCUGCCGGCCGACGCUACCUCCGGAGCGUCAGCGGGGGGUACCUCCUCCCCGUUGGGCACCUCCACCGCUUCCGUUGGCUCCGGCCAGACCGCCAGUCCUCCGCAGCCACCCACUACCCUGGCGCUGGGGUCACCCACCCCCGUGCAGGGCCCCAGCACACCGAGCUCCACUCCUGCACCUGCUGUUAACUCUGUUACCACCUUUGGCCAGACCACUCCAUCCAAAACCCCUUUGUCCAGGGUACCGGCCAGUUCUCCUCCUUCAGAACUCCCGCCGUCCUUCCCUGGACCGUGUCUCACUCAGUCCCAGCAGCCUCUUGAGGACCUGGAUGCUCAGCUGAGACGGGCCCUUAGCCCUGAAAACGUCCCGGUUAGCACAUCCGCACAGGCUUCCCAGGGUGCCGUUCAUCCGGUGGGACAACCAACUUCCUUAUCCCCGGAGGAAGACACCCCCUUGCCUGCCGCCGCUCCUCAAAGUGGAAUCAAACUCGGGAGAUUUCAGGUCUCGCUGGCCACCGAAGAGCCUCCAAAGCAGCGUCCGGCCCGCACGGGAUCCUCCCCCGCGACGACCUCGUCGUCGUCCUCCAGCGCGUCCUCGUCGUCGUCCUCCUGCGGUCUGUCCAGCCCGGAGAACACGCUGCACAAGGGCUCCUCGCCGCGAGUGGAAGGCGCACAGGCGGAUGUGGUGGAUGGACUCCCCGGGAAAAUGCCGAGUGGGUCCCGACGCCCUUCCCCGCCCGCAUCCCCGUGCCCCUCGCCAAAACCCACCACCACCAUCGGACGCUUCCAGGUCACCACGAAUGCUGAAGCCAGAGUUGGCAGGUUCUCCGUCAGUCGGGCCCGAGAGCAGAGCGCCGAGCCCGGGCCGAGUCCGCCGAACGGAGCCGCCGACCCCGGCCGUCCCCCGAGUCCGGACGCUCCCCACAAAGUGACCCUGCCCAGUCUGAACAGCGGCAACUCCUUCAACAACUCCUACGUGAGCAGCGACAACGACUCGGAGUACGAGGACGAGGACUUCAAGCGGGAGAUCAACCGCCUGCGUGAAAAACACUUGAGUGAGAUUCAGGCCCUCCACUCGCGCCAGAAGGAGGAAAUUGACGGCCUCUUCACCAGGCUGGGAAAGGUUCCUCCAGCCGCAGUCCUCCCUCCCGUCGUCGCCUUGGCUGGCAGGCGGCGGCGACCCACCAAGAGCAAAUCCGCCAAAUCGUCCAGAACCAGCUCCUCACACGGUAGCAGGAGUCCACUUCAGCCAGGCAGCGCCGCGUCGGCCCAGAGCGUCCCGGCGCUGUGCACUGGCCAGCCGGCUCAGUUAGCGGCGGGAGGAUUAGCCGAUCCCGGCGGCGGCGAACGCAGUAGUGAGCGCCCCCUCAAAGCGGCUCCCUCCGGCGACAUCCUGUCCUCGGCCUAUCCCAGCUCUGUGACGCUCUCGGCGCGCAGCUUGUGCGCUCCCACCCCAGCCUGCGUAAAGCCCACCCGGGGUUCCGAGCGUUUGGCCUUGAAGCCCAGCGGCAGGAGGACGCGCUUUCUGAGUACGCCAUGCUCGGCUCUUUGGAAGAUGGUGAAAAAAGUCUGCCCCUGCAACCAGCUCUGUAGGACCAACAGCACCAAUGCGGUGAGUGGCUCCACCCCCUUGUCUCAGAGCCAGGGGGGCUCCCAGUGUCUCAACGUAUCGGCCCCUCACCAGCGCAAAGGGACGUUCACCGAUGAUCUCCAUAAACUGGUGGACAACUGGGCCAGAGACCUCUCACAGGGUAAGAAGAGCACCAAACACCCGCAGCAGGCCCCAGCACAAGGACACAGCUAUGAGGUGACGCAAUCCGCCAACCUGGGCAGGAAGUUCUCCGCCCCGAGCCAGCUGUGCCCGAGCAGCACCGCCGCUUCCGCCCACCUCCCCUCCAACCCGCCUACCUCCCGCAAGGGUUCGCUGUGCCAACCCCCCGCCUCGCCAACGCCGCACUUCAUCCCGUACGUGCCCGCCCCGGCCUACGCCGCGCAGUGGUCCGGGGCCGCCCACGGCGGACCGCUGCUGGUCAGCGCCCCCCAGCCGCUCGGCCCUUACGCCGCCUCGACGGGGGGCGGCCAGAUCAGUCCGGGGCCCCUGCACGCGUUCAUGCACAAGUCGGUCAGCAACCCGGGAGGACCCAACAUGAGGACCACGUAGGGUUUCGCGCAGGGCCCGUUGGAACGGCGGCCCGACCGGACUCCCGCGAUUGAACAAGAGGAAGUUUGCCAAAGAGGUUUGAGCGGGCGCACUCGGGUGAAACGUGGGGGGGAGCACAACGACACUGAUGAGCGCCUCCGUUUUGCUCAUCACCUCUUGCUUGUCGCUCUUCUAGCGAACAUGUGCAAUGUGUGAAUUAAAAAAAAUAAAAUAAAACCAACAAAAUAGAGGAGUCACUCUUAGCAUUCACAAGGAUGCAAAUAGGAACACGAUCGGUACCCCCGCCCCUUCCCGAGUCAAAGCAAUAAAACGAAAAACAUCGGAGCGAGGCCAACACCAAAAAAAGUCAGAAAUCUUCAGAAUAAGAUUUUGUAUAGUUUCUAAUUUUAAUUUUUUGGGGGUCAAGAUUCCAUUCGGUUUUAUUUCGCGUUACGUGCGCGCGCUUCUUUUGUUGACUUUUUUUGAGGGGUGGUGGGAGAUGAUUAUUUCUCCUCCUGAAUGUCGUUGUGAAUGGUUCUUGUUCUAUUUAAAAAAAAAAAAAAAACCCCCGACUGACAUGGGCGGACCUGUUCUAUGCACACAUUAUCAUGUGAUGUGUAAAAACAACACUGUGAUUGUUAUUUUGUUUUAGGAGUCAUAACAACAAUCUUUUUUUUUUUGCGGGGUUGGGGGGGGUCCAUUUUUCUCAAAAAUUCUGCCUUAACCGACAACGAUUCAGCCGCCUUUCGACCUCCAAAUGUUUUCGUUCAAAUAUGGAAUGCUAGCUACUUUUUUUGUUGUUGUUUCUUCCACAGUACUUAACAUCCGACACUUUAAACUCUCCCCCUCUUGCCCUGUUAGAUGAAUGUGAAUGUACAAAGAACCAGUUUGAAUUCGCUUUCUAGUGCCUUGCUUCACUCCCCCUCAAACACUGGAGAACGAAGACCACGCGGGAGGACGUAAACGUUCAAGACGAGGUCUGUUCAGAUUGUUCGAAGGCCAUGUUUUGUGUCUUGGUUGUGUGUUAUGACUUACGUCCAUGCUGUGAUGCGCCAUUGCUCACUUAGACGUGAUCCAAAAAAAUAAUAAUUUGAUGUUGCCUUUCGCUGAGAAACCCAAGAUGACACGUUAUGAAGCGGUGAGUGCAGCAUUUGGACUACCAGGCUGUCGAUCCUAAAAAUUGCGACGCCCCGUCCUUAGAUUUGUAAUGUUCAGUGAUUAUAAAAAGUCUACACACCCCUAUUCGAAUUGCUAAACGGAAGACAGCACUCGUCUGCCGCCCAUUGAAAGUGCCUCUGAUUCAUUCCGAAUCAAUUUCAGCUGCUCUUGUCGGCUGUUCUUGAGUUGCCCAACCACAUUUUUACUUUUUAAAAGCUGAAAGGAGAAACAAGGUUAUGACACAUUGAUGCUAAAUCUCGGUUCUUCAUGGCAAUUUUAAAAAAUGGCAUUGGAGAAGGGAUGUGUCCACUUUUUCAAACCGGCGAGACCAUUUUGAUCCUACUUUGUCAUACAUGUGAAAUAAAAGAAAAAGAUUCCACCACCCCCUGCUUUGAGUCAACCACAAUGCAGUUGUAAUCUCUUGGUGCGUUUGAUACGUUCAUUCUCUAGCCGGUUUCCUCCCCCUUUUAACCUGCAGUGUUCAGUAGCAACAGGUGGUCUUGACUGUGAAGUUGUUCUGGAGGACUUUAACUGUGAAAGGACGAGUUAGUAUUGUGAAUGUUCCUGCAUUAUUAAAGUGGGGUGAAGUCUUGAUGACAGGUGUAGCAUUAGCAUUUAGCGCAUAGUUAGGGGGCAAAUUCUGUUGGUGUGCCAUCGCAGGACUCAUUUUUUUCUCGCUGUAGAGGUGGUCAAGUCCUUUUCUCCAGCUGUGUCACGUUCAGUCUCGAGCACAGAAACAUAUUCGCAAUCACUGAAGUUCAUGUUGACUUAAAAACAAACGAACAAACAAAAAUCCUCACUUGUUUUAUCUGCUGUUUUAAUGUGUGUAGCAGCACCUAACUCAGUGGUUUCUUUUCUCUAUUUGAUAAAUCGGUUGGUGUCAUCGGCAGCCUUGAACAGAAUGUUUUGCACUAAAGUAGAAGAGUGUUCAUGCUUGAUAUUAAAACAGAUACAAUGACAUUUGUUACUUUAUUUGUAAAGACUUAAUAAAUAAAAGUUGCCGAAAUGACAAUCA